ACAAAAGCUGAUAUUAAUAGGAAAUUAUCAUGUCUUACUUCCACUAAACUUAAAUUGUUUAUAUUGGAAUCAAACCCCAGAAGGUAUCCUCAUGCAAAUGUAAUCCCAUAUGUAAACGAGAUAUAUUCACCAUCCUUGGUAUCCGAUGCCCUACCUUUAAGUCUUGCAGAUGAGACUAAUCCUAUCCUUUUAACAAAAGCUGAUAUUAAUAGGAAAUUAUCAUGUCUUACUUCCACUAAACUUAAAUUGUUUAUAUUGGAAUCAAACCCCAGAAGGUAUCCUCAUGCAAAUGUAAUCCCAUAUGUAAACGAGAUAUAUUCACCAUCCUUG